AUGGCUGAUGAACCUCGACGGUCGGGGCGCGCUACCAAAGGCCAGUACACCAAAGAUAGAGACAUCGACGAAGAUGCACCCAAGAAGAAAGGCAAAGGCAAAGGGCCAAAGACGAAAGAGCCUGAGGUACAAGAUGAAGAAGAUGAGAUUAUACGAUGCGUAUGCGGUCACUACGAAGAGGAAGAAGACACGCAGAGAGAUAUGAUCUGUUGUGACAACUGCUCCGCCUGGCAGCACAACGACUGCAUGCUAUUGCCCUACCCACCUGAAGAAGCUCCUGAUAAGUAUUUCUGUGAGAUAUGCAAACCUGAUGAUCACAAGGAGCUGCUGGCCGCAAUCGCCAGAGGCGAAAAACCCUGGGAGGAAGUGGCUAGAAAGAGAGAAGCUGCUGAAGCAGAGAAAGCGGCCAAGAAGAAAAAGGGUGGAAAGAGAGGUCGGAAGGCUGGAUCACGGCCUAGUGAGGUUGUGUCUGAAGCCGGUCUGGAGGUUGACACCACACAAACACCAGGAAAGGAUGUUGGUAGUGGCUCGGCAGGGCAGAAGCGCAAACAUGAGGAGCCAGCCAAUGGCGCCGGCGCCCUUCAGGAUUCUAAGAAGCAACGCCAGACUUCAGCACACCCAACCCCAACCCCAACCCCAACCUCUACCCAUGGGCAAAACGGGGGUCACCCUAUCCAGCAGAGGCGCAAGUCCAGUGGCAUACAAACCCCAUCCAGACAGAGCUCCAAACCUGAAGCUUCUAAUGCUCAGGCUGCAUCAAAAGUCGACGAACUGCCCGCACAGAGGAAGUCAGUAGCGGCCAACCUUGUGCGCAUGUUCUCAUCAGAAGCUGUGAAUGCUCAGAAGCAAGGAAAAUUUGGCAUACCAGCUGGGCAAACUGCGGACGGCUUGGGGACUCAGCUAGGCCUGGGUGUGGAACAUGCUUUGUAUCACAUUCUCUCUAAUGGAUCUGGAGAACCAAAUGAUGCCUAUAAGUCUCAAGUAAGGACAAUUAUGUUCAACGUAAAAAAGAACGAUGCCUUGAGAGAUGGCUUGCUAGAUGGCAGCAUAACGGGACAACAUCUUGCUAGAAUGAGUCCUGAGGAUAUGGCAAGCAGAGAACAACAGCUACGAGACGCCAAGAUCAAGCAAGAACAAGAGAAGCAGCAUGUCAUUGUACAGGAGCAAGGACCUCGAAUCCGUCGAACCCACAAAGGGGAAGAAUACGUCGAUGAGACUCAACAAAUCGCUGCUGAACCGGAUGUUAUGAAUGCACCAGUGCGCCGGAGGGAGAGUGGUCUGGAUCAAGACAUGCGUGAGAUGAAAAGCCCUACGACUCCUGUUCUAGGUGGGCCCAAAUCACCAGAUGGCAAACCACUUUCUAUCAACACACAAGUCCGUCCUCGACCGUCCACAGACCCAGAACGGAAGUCCUCACAAACUUUCAACAUUCAAGACGUCUGGUCGAGUGUCCAGGGUUCUCCAGACGGCGAGAGACCUGCGUUUCCACAAAUCCCAUACCAGAGCGGAGGCCAGCCACAAAGGACCAACCAGACAGCAGCUGAUGCAGAAAUUGACGCUCUCCUCAAAGACGAAGACAUCGAGUCACCACCCUACUCACCCAAAUCCUACGACGGCGACAACGCAAUUAUCUGGCGAGGAUCCGUCAACAUGAGCCCCGUCGCCAGGUUCCAGGCCUCAGCCCGGAAAGCCGCCGGCGCAGACGUUGAGAACCUCGGCCUUUCCUGGCAACAACUCAUCCCCAAUAUCCUCACCAUAGAGGGCCGGAUCGACCCUGCCCGAGCAGACAGCUACCUCUGCGGCCUCCGCUACAGCUCCACCUCCGACGUCAUUGUCGUCUCCCUACGCGCAUCCGAUAUUCCCAACGAGCAACAUCAAUUCAACGUCCUGUUCAAUUACUUCAAGACCCGUAACCGUUAUGGCGUCGGCGUCAACCCCAGCAACUCGGCCAUCAAGGAUAUCUACCUCAUCCCAUUGGAGGCGGGGAGCGAGAAGAAACCGGAAUUGCUUCAAUUGCUGGAUAAUGAUAAGAUUGAGACGCCCAUCCAAGAGGAUAUGUUGCUCGUGCCGUUUGUGAUUAAAACCAGCGAACUGAAUGCAAACGCGAUUGCAAAUGUGACGACGCCGAGGGAACAUCAGCCCAUCGCUGCGAGUCCUAUUGCCGGUGUUGGCGUAGGAGCAGGCCUGGGUGGUGCUACAGCUCCGACACCAGCACAGGCGGCCUACCCGACUCCUACACCUCCUCCCGCAACCGCAGCAGCAGCAGCAGCAGCAGCAGCAACGCAAAAUCAGCAGCAAGCCACAAACCCCGCCCAUCCACUUCAAUACGGCUCACCACAUCCUCCUCUACCCGCACCACUCCCAAACCCCACCCCCAGCGCCGCACCCGCCAUCAACCCCUCCGCACAACAAGCAGGACCAGCACCAUCAGGCCACGCCGCCGCUCACCUGAUCCUCGGUCCCCACGCAGCCCAGUUACCCGCCGUACAGCAACUGCUCCUCCAAGCGCCCACAGCGGGCAUCCCGGAAUUCAACGUCGUGAGGGAUUGCCUUGCUGAGAAUCCGGUCGCGGGCCAGGACUUGGCCGUGCUGAGGGACAUGUUGAUGGCGAGGCAGGCUCCUGCUUAG